AUGGCACUCGAACGAAAGCUUGAAAGAGAUCCAGCUUUAAAGGAGAAUGUUCCCAGGGUUAUUUGCCGCUUUCGUGAACGUCCGGUGGCAUUUGGCGGAGAUAUCCAAGAAAUGUACCACCAGAUUCGAACCCGAUCUGAAGACAAACAGGCGCAACGCUUCUUGUUCAGAUCCAACUCAGUAGAAACCCCUCAGGUGUACGUAAUGGAUGUGGCCACCUUCGGAUCCACGUGCUCGCCCUGCUCCGCGCAAUAUGUUAAAAAUUUGAACUCGGAACAGUUUUCAGCGUUUCAGUCAGUUUUAGAUGGCGACGAACGCCCAACGAAACGAAUUGUCCUUAGCUUUGUAAUGGCACAAUUUGAUCCAACGGGACUCAUCACUCCAAUGACUGUGCACGGAAAGAUGCUGAUCCAAGAUCUCUGGCGUACUGGUUGUGACUGGGAUACGAAAAUUGAUGCGGAAAUGCUCGACAAAUGGCGUCGGUUGAUCGGUAUGAUGCGAAACAUCAAAUCCUUCAGGAUAUCGCGGAGUUAUUUUAGAGACGCUAAAUCGACAGAGAUACAGGAGUUAGAGCUGCUUAUUAUAGCAGACGCAAGCGAGAAAGCAUAUGGAUGUGUGGCAUACUUUCGGGCAGUCGGAGGAGGUGAAGUGCGAUGCGUACUGGUUAUGAGCCGUUCUAAAGUGGCCCCGCUAAAACAGGUAUCCAUUCCCCAUCUUGAGCUCCUGACAGCAGUUUUUGCUGCACGACUGUCGAGAACUGUUAUCGAGAACCACUGCCCAGUCGUCGGCCGAGUGGUAUUCUGGAUUGAUGCUAGUGAGGUGCUCUCGUGGAUGCGUUCCGAUCAACGCCGAUAUGAACAAUUCGUCGGAUUCAGGAUCGGCGAAAUUCUCAGUCUGACGAAAUUGACUGAUUGGUGCUGGGUGCCUACCAGGAUGAACGCAGCGGAUCAGCUAACGAAGUGGGGCAAAGAUCCAGAAAUGCAUCCUGGAAGUGCGUGGAUUCGUGGGCUCUCCUUUCUAUACGAAAAUGAGAAGUGGCCGAAGAAAGAAUUACCCCCCUCAAAUACGACGGGAGAGCUACGCAUUCAUCUGUUGUUGCACAAUGUGAAGGUACAGACGAUUCUCAUAGACGCGGGGCGCAUUUCCAGAUGGACCGUGCUCGUGCGAACGAUGGCGUGCGUUUUUCGGUUUAUCUAG